AGAGGCGAGACUGUCAUGGUGGCUGUACACACUCGGCGAGAUCCUCUCGCCGAGAGUCUCGACCGAGAGGACCGAGAGAAGAGCGCAGCCUGUACACACUCGUUACGUUAUUUGUAUUUAAAACACCGUUAAUAAUGGACGUGGAAACCGCUGCUGUAACACAUAAUAACCACAGUCAUCGAACAAGUCAUUGAACGAGUGUGUUCAGGUCGCUCUCGUUUUGCUCGCGAGACCCUUUGACUCGUGCGCAAAAAACCGACAGGCGACCGAGAGAGGCGAGACCGACUGCGAGGAAGCGAGGCGAGACGAGAGCUCUACUGUACACUCUCGCCCUCGGCCUGUCUCGGGGUGUCUCGCCGAGUGUGUACAGCUACCAUCAAGUGUUAGACAGUCUCGCAGCGCACUCGAGCUUACUUCAUGCUUAUUAUUUUGUGUGUUUGGCUAGCCAGAGCCUAACUUUGUUCAUUGUUGUUAAUUGUUAGGUGCUGCUCUGUAUGGACGUGCGUGUUUUCUUUUAUUAUGAUGCCGUGAAGUAGCGAUUUGUGUGAUGAACGAAACCGACGAGAUAGUUUCAGCGUUUUUCGCAUCUCCGCAAAGUCAUCAAUCCGAAGAGUUGGAUGAUAACGACGAUGACAUUUGUGACGAAUUUUUAAAAAUAAUUGGUGACUACAAUGAAUCUCUUAAAAACAUCAAACUGCCAGAAACAGUUACACAUGUAUACAAUCCUACCGUCUACGCUAGAGAUACUUUCGAAAUGUAUAUUAGAAAAUUUUGUGGUACAAAAAAGAAGAUAAUGUUCUUUGGUAUGAAUCCUGGUCCAUGGGGAAUGUCACAAACAGGAGUACCUUUUGGAGAAAUAUCUUCAGUCCGUGAUUGGCUUGGUAUAGAAGGAAGUGUUGGAAAGCCGCUAGAGGAAAAUGCUGCCCGCCCAGUUACAGGUUUUGAUUGUACUAGGACAGAGUAUUUGCAGGUCAGUGGCAAAAGAUUUUGGGGUCUAUUCAAAAAAUUGUGUGGUUUUCCAGAAGUUUUUUUUGAGACAAGUUUUGUCUAUAACUAUAUUAAUCAACAAUGGAUGAACAGCAAAGGAUGCAAUAUUACACCAGCUGAUUUCAAAAUGUCACAAAUGGAAUCUCUUUACAAUAUUGGAGAUCUUGUAUUUGCAAAUGUAUUGAGACUGUAUGGAGUUGAAACUGUUGUCGCUAUCGGAAGGUUCUGUUUAGUUAGAGCACAGAAGGCUAUUUCUCAGUAUAUUCUGCUUAAAAAUGUUAAGGUCAUCUACUUACCCCACCCUAGCCCAAGAGUUGUAAACAAUAAUGAUUGGGAGGAGAGAGCAAUUUUAUGCUUAAAAAAUAACAACUUAUUACAAUAUUACUGCAAUGAUGACUUGACAGUACUCCAACAAAAAUCUUAAAUUGAUCUCAAUAUCAAUAUUAAAAAGUGUGUAAAUGCUGCCAAACACAUUUGAAAAAAUUAAAUUACUAAGGAGUCUGUUAAAAUACUCAUACUAUAUUACUAUUGUAAUGUAAUUUUAUUAUAUAAAAUUACAAAUAUUAGUUAUCCUAACAUAAAUGAUAACAUAUUAAAAAAUUAUAUGAUCUCCAAAAGAUUAAAAUAUCUAAAUCUCAUUUUAUGUAGAAUAGUUGUUCUAACUUCUAGUCAUUUAUAGUUUUAUAUUUGUCUGUUCCACCUCUGUAAAUGCCAAUUUCAAAAUUGAUUAAAAAGUGUCUAAAAAUUUGAAGGCUAACUGUCCUGUUGGAUUGAUAUUAUAGAAUAAGAAGUAUUUGUACAUGCAGUUGAAUAUUGUACUUUUUUAUAUUAAAGUUUUCUUAACGUAAGUAACAUAGGUAACUUCAAAUCUUUAGUAUUUUUACCCGUAUAGGAACGAUAAUUCGUAACUAUUUAUUUGUAUAAGAUAGCAUUUGCAAUUUUGCAUAUACAAGACGUGUACUUUGAAGUUUGAACCCUUAUUGUAUCAAUCUGGUUAAAUGAUUAAAUAAU